AUGGGUUUUUGCAGCUUAUAUCUCUUUGUAAACAUGACCCACCCUGUUACAUUUGACACAAAAGAGCGGUUUUCAGUCAUAUUCCACAAGUUAUUGUAUCAAUUCUCCAAUGAGGCUUCUUAUGAUGAACUGGCAUUGCUUCCUUCUUCGUUUCCUCAUUCUAAGCUUCACAUAUCACCUCUUCCUCUAUCGUUUCAAGGAUUAGUGUUACGAUCUCCUUCCCAGUUGAAAAUCUCCGAACAUUGCUUCUUGAGUGUGAUGAAGACGAUGAUCGAAAUCGACGAUCUAAACUUCUUCAAUAAUCCAUGGCGGAUUCUGAAUAGGAACUCAUACAAGGAUGUGGGUUUGAGGUAA